AUGGUGUACCAGUACAUGAACGAACUCAACACGAUGACCGGGUUGAGUGACCAGCUCUCGCAGGCUCUCUCUAAGCCAGAGGUGACGGACGCUUGGUCAGAAGAGGAGAGGACGGUGGCCGAGCUGCUGAAGCUCGACUUUAUGAAAUCGGCCGUCAACCUUCCCAAGAAGUCACGCGACCGCUUCGUCGAGCUGUCGUCGCGCAUCAGCGAGACUGGGUCUGCCUUUGUGGGAGGAAUGGCGCCCGAGAGGCGAGAAGUGACGCUUCCCUCCCACAGGUUCUACGGCCUGUAUCCGAGUCUGGCUGCAUCGCUAAAGUCGCGAUCGCAAAUCACAAUCCCGACGAUGAGCUCCGAGGCCGCGGCGGCGAUGCAGAGCGUACACGACGAGGAGACGCGGAAAGAGCUCUAUCUCGCUCAGCGCAAGGCCUCCAAGAAGACAAUUGGACGAUUGGAGUCGCUGCUCAAGUUGAGGUCUGAGUUGGCAGCACUGGCCGGAUUCCAGAGCCAUGGCCACAUGGCCCUCAAAGACCGGAUGAUGGCCAAGUCUCCAUCGUCUGUGAUGCAAUUUCUGUUUGCCCUGCGGGAGAACAACUCGUCCAUCAUUGAGCGUGAGCUGUUGGAGCUGACCGACAAGAAGCGCCAGAAGUUGGACUUGCCCGACUCUACGCUACAAGCAUGGGACAGAGACUUUUACAUGGAGAAGAUUCGUGGUGAGAUGCGGUCGCGGGCCCGACAGGACGACCAUCUGUCAGCAUACUUCUCCGUAGGCACUGUCAUGCAGGGUCUCUCGCGACUCUUUGACCGCCUGUACGGCAUUCGUUUCAUACCACGGGAAACCCUCUCUGGGGAGACCUGGCACUCUGACGUGAAGCGCCUUGAUGUCGUAUCGGACAAGGGCGAGCAACUUGCCGUGCUCUACUGCGACCUCUUUUACCGACCUCAGAAGUUUCCCAACCCCGCGCACUUUACGGUGCGUUGUUCGCGCGAGAUCCUCACCAGCGAGCUCGAAGAAGCCAGCGAGGAUAUCGGCGCGGCAGGGCUCCCCUCGUUCGAUACGCCUGAGCAGGCCGCCAAUGAUGGGAUGGGGGUGUCGUCAGCAGACGGGACGCUGAAGCAGCUGCCCACCAUUGCCCUAGUGUGCGAUUUUCCCAAGAACGACAACGCCAAGGAGCCGGCCCUCUUAUCGUUCUACUCGGUCGAGACGCUUUUCCACGAGAUGGGUCACGCCAUACAUUCCAUCUUGGCCCGCACGUCUUUCCAGAACGUCUCGGGCACGCGAUGCGCCACCGACUUUGCCGAGCUUCCCUCGACGCUCAUGGAGCACUUUGCUGCCGACCCGUCGGUGCUGAACCUCUUUGCCCGUCAUUGGAAGACGGACAAGCCGCUGCCGUACCAUGUCAUUGCGGAGCGCAUCCGCCUGGCCAAGCGGUUCGAGGGCAUCGACACGGAACACCAGAUCCUCCUGGCCAUGAUCGACCAGGCAUAUCACAGCCCUGACGUGGCAGCUCCUGGCUUCAACUCGACCACCGUGUACCACGACAUACAUUCGCGCUACUCCCACGGACCGCGCGAGCCUAAGGAGACAUGCUGGCAGGGCUUCUUUGGGCACCUGCACUCGUACGGCAGCACAUACUACUCGUACCUCUUUGACCGUGUGCUAGCGGAGCGUGUGUGGCGUGUUGUUUUUGGCGCGGGCGAGCAUGGAGGCGCAGUGAACCGAGAGAACGGGGAGCGGCUGAAGGAGAAUCUCCUGAAGUGGGGCGGCGGCCGUGACCCAUGGCGCUGCCUUUCCGAGACGCUGCAAGACGACCGACUGGCUGCGGGCGAUGAGCACUCCAUGGCGCUGGUGGGCAGCUGGGGAAUUAAAGAUGUCAGUCGCAAGAAUGGAUAG